CCCUUCCCCGUUCGGGCGGCAGCAGCAACCGCCGCCGCCGCCGCUGCAGCGUGAGGCGGCUCCAGCGGCGCGAUGGCGGCCACGGCGGGCAGAUCGCUGCCGCUCUUCCUCUGCCGCCGCCCCGCCGCGCUGACGGCGGCCGGUUGCUUCCCGGGGUUGGGGCGGCGCCGCCAGCAGCAGCGACACCGGACGGUGCAUCAGAGGCUUUCUCCUUGGCAGAGCGUGAGAGUGGUCUAUUGCAGUACAUUAGUGCCCUCUGAUGAAGUAACAGUGGUUUACCAAAAUGGGUUACCUGUGAUUUCUGUGAAUCUUCCAUCCCGACGUGAACGCUGCCAGUUCACACUUAAACCAAUCUCAGACUCUGUUGGUGUCUUCUUACAACAGCUGCGAGCAGAGGAUCGAGGGAUUGAUCGGGUUGCAAUCUACUCAGCAGAUGGCACACGUGUCGCCUCCUCCACAGGCAUAGAUUUGCUUCUGCUGGAUGACUUCAAACUGAGCAUUAAUGAUGUCACAUAUCAUGUUAAACCACCAAAGAGAGAGCUCUUAAGCCAUGAAAACGCAACAACGCUGAAUGAUGUCAAGACAUUGGUUCAGCAGUUGUACACUGCCCUGUGCAUUGAGGAGCACCAGCUGAACAAAGAGAAGGAGCUGAUAGGGAGACUAGAGGAACUGAAGGAGCAACUAGCACCACUAGAAAAAGUAAGGAUGGAACUCAGCAGGAAAGCAGAGAAGAGGACAACUUUGGUGUUGUGGGGAGGCCUGGCCUACAUGGCCACUCAGUUUGGGAUACUGGCCCGCCUCACCUGGUGGGAAUAUUCUUGGGACAUUAUGGAACCAGUUACCUAUUUCAUCACCUAUGGUAGUGCCAUGGCAAUGUAUGCUUAUUUCGUAAUGACUCGACAGGAAUAUGUUUAUCCAGAUGCCAGAGACAGACAGUACUUACUAUUUUUCCAUAAAGGAGCCAAAAAGACACAAUUUGAUCUAGAGAAAUACAAUCAGCUCAAGGAUGCAAUUGCUCAGAAUUGGACCUGAAGAGGCUUCGAGACCCACUGCAGGUUCACCUGCCCAUCCAGCAAAUUGAUGAAAAGGACUGAUCAGCAAAAAAGCUCUGAACCCCGGCAAAAAACCUGUUCAUAACUCUUGCCUUUUUAAUUAAAAAGCAUUGCAGGUGGAAGCUGGGAGGUGGCUGUGGGGGUAUGGAGGGGUUUGACCUUUAAUCUGAAGGUGGGACAUUGUGGAAUGUAAGUUCUGAAAAGGGCUUGUCAAAUAGUCAUAUUUAAACACUGAAUGGCAACUGUGUACAAAUACAGGAUUUGGGGGGGUUCAAUGAAAAGAAUGUAAUGCUGGGGUGUAGGAGUAUCUUCUUCCAGCUUUGCAGGGUCUGCCUCUUGACAAGACACCAGCAGCCUGCUCAGCUUUUUAAAUUUUCGUUUACCUGAUUCAGAUCUCUCUUUCUCUCUCUCUCUCUCUCAAAAAAAAAAAAUGUGGGGAAAAAAAAAAAAGAACAAAGAAUCCAAGCCACUCGGAGCUAUGACUGGUGACCAGAACUUGUGCUCCACCGCCAUUAACACGCACACUUCUGAUCAGACCUGGUCUCUUUUAUAAAGUUACUACAAGACUGCUUUCUACUGGAAAACCGUGAGCUUCCCCUUCCCAGCCCACCCCAUGUUGUCCUACUGACUUCCUCCUUUCCUUAUUUGUAGCACAGAUUGGUUGUGGUCAAGUGAGAGAAGGAAUGAGUUUUCUUCUGGACAUUUGAUAACUGAUAUUUUGGAUUAAUAACUAUUUAAACUUUGCGUACCAGUGCCCUUGAGCUUCUUCUAGAAAUCAAUGGCAGCAUUGCAUGAGAAGUUUUUUAUAUUCAGUCUUAAGGGAGGGAGAUUCCUCUCUUCCUACCCCAAAUCUGAUAGCCACCUGGACUAUGAAAAGCUUACAGGAUUAUGAAACUGUUUGCAGAAUCAUGUCUCCUGCUUUUAAAUGAACAGUUUUGGAAAAUAGGAUAAUUAAGCUUGAUAGUUGACUGCUUGUGUAAUAAGAUAAAAGGUCUCAUAUAUGGUCAAAGCAUUUUCCUUGCCCAGAGGCUUUUUGUAAGCCUAAGGCUCUUAGAGUGCAAGACAGAGAACUGCUUCAGUUCUCUAGCACUUUCCCCUACUUAAGUAGCUUUAAAUGAACUUUGCACCCACGGGUCAAAAUUUCUAGGGAGUGGCUAAUGACAUGUCUUGUGCUUAGCUAAAAGAAAUAGAGGAAGGAAAGUCAACCCACUGCCCUCUCUUCUAGCCAAGGCUGGCUGAUUUCUAAGCAGAUAAAACAUCUCUUCAUUCAGAGCAGGUCAGUCUGGUUUAGCAUCCUGCUGAUAAAUACUAUGGAGGCAGGAUGAAGGUGGGAGAAGGGCACAGAGCUUUAUAUCUGAAAAAAUAUCAGAAAAUCUGGCUGCUUUUUUUUGAUGUUUCACUACUGCUCCUCACUGUGUAAUGGAAAGAGAACCAUAUUUUUAAAAAAUUGGAAUGAAAAAACCCAAAUCUAUUACAGUAUUACCUAGAUGCCAGGUGCCUUGCAGAUGUGGAAACACAGCUGGGAUUGCUGCCUCUUCUCACUCAAUGGCAUGUUGGACUGAAUGGGUGCAUGUUUCUAGGUUUUUUUUCCUUCCCUUUUUCCUCUGUCUUUCAAUUAAUUUACAUUGUGUGAUUAUUUUUUAUCUGUUUUAUCCUGUUGGUGUGGUGAGUUUUAAAGGGGAAAAAAAAUAAACACGAUCCUGUAGCUGAAUAAUUGGUGUUGUUUGGGAUGAGGGAGGGAGCAUGGAGAAAAGUCCUUCUUUAAAAAAAAAAAAAAACAACAAAAAAACCCACACAAAACCUGAACAUGUGUAAAAUCCUGUAUCAUUUAUGAAAUAUGUAUAAAAGAGCUAUGUACUUCUGGAACAAUAAAUAACUAUUCAAUUUUUGAA